UGUUGCCUGUUGGUGCUCUGUGAACUUUAUUGGCGCGCUGUCGUCAUGGCUUGUGCAAAGAGGCAGAAUUUGCCGUUCGCCGCGAAACUCGAAAUCAUAAAUCGGGUCGAGUGCGGUGAAAAGAAGUCCGACGUCGCCGCCGCGUACAAAAUUCCAAGGAGCACCUUGAGUACUAUCCUGAAGAACAAGGCAGACAUCAGAGCCAAGUCGGACAAAAGGCCAGGUGCCCGUGGCACCCGACGUGUGCGCACUGCUGUGUACGAAGAUGUUGAAGCGGCCGUUUACAAAUGGUUUGUGGACGUUCGGUCGCGAAACGUCCCGGUGUCCGGCCCUAUGAUCGAGCAGAAAGCCAAAGACCUUGCUUUCCUGCUUGGCAGGAACGAUUUCCAAGGCGUUCCAGGCUGGCUCCAACGGUUCAAAGAACGGCACGACAUCGUUGGCAAAGCUGUUACAGGUGAAAGCAGAGCGGCGGACCUGGACAGCGUAGACAAAUGGCUCGAGGAAAACUGGCGAGAUAUCGCAGCAAGAUAUCAAGCCCAAGAUAUCUUCAAUGCGGAUGAAACCGCUCUAUUUUGGCAAAUGUUGCCAAACAAGACACUUGCGUGUCGUGGCGACAAGACUUGCGGCGGCAAGGCAAACAAAGCUCGUGUGUCCGUGCUGUUGGCAGCUAAUUUAGACGGAUCGAAAAAGCUUCGACCUCUGGUUAUCGGGAAAAGCACGGCACCGCGGUGUUUUCGAAAUGCGCUGUCGCUUCCAGUUACCUACCGAGCAAACUCAAAAGCGUGGAUGACCGGGGAGCUUUUAGGCAGGUGGCUAUCGUCGUGGAAUGAUGAUAUGGUAGGCGAAAAUCGCAAGGUGUGCCUGCUCGUGGACAAUUGUUCAUCGCACCACUGCAGUACGACCUUCAGCAACAUCGAGCUGCGUUUUUUGCCCCCAAACACUACGUCUGUACUGCAACCACUGGAUCAAGGCGUUAUAUGCGCACUGAAAGCCGGCUAUCGGAAGCGCCUGGUGGAGAGGCUGCUGCAGAACCUUCGUGUCGGCAGGGAGCUUAAGAUCGACUUGCUCGGAGCUCUAUCUAUGUUGAGUAGAUCGUGGGCAGAUGUCAUGAAGGAGACGAUCCAGAACUGGGCUUUAGGCAUGCCGGCUUCCGCAUGCCUGGUGAUGACACCCCAAAUUCCGAUGACAGCACUGAAGACACCGCAGGUGUUUCCGCCGAAGUUUGGAGCGAGCUGGCAGAGUUCCUGGGAGCUAUCGACGGAUCGACAUUCGACGAGUUCGUCAGUGCGGACGAUGAUGUCGCCAUCAUGGGUGAGCUGCAAGAUGAGGACUACGUUGCAGACGUCGUGCCAACCACGAGCCAAAGCGACAGCAAUAAGGAAAUUGACGAUGGCCCAUUGCCUACAUCCUCCGAAGUGAUUAAUGCACUUGCGUUGGUCCGGCGCUAUUGCGUGAAUGUGGAAGGUUGCGGCCUCAGCUGCUCCGACUCGUUGGACAACGUGGAGGCGUGCAUGCUGUCGCAGGCAGCGAAGUCGUUGACACAGAAGAAAAUCCAGGACUAUUUUGUUCCAAAGUAGGGCACGCAAGUAAGCCACCAUAUUAAUAAAGUACUUUUCUUAUUGUUA